AUGAGUGGUACUACAAAGUCAAAAAAUAGUUGCUGUGUAGUAAAUUGCAGUAAUUCAUAUAAAAAUACUAAUAAUAUUACAUUUUAUCGACUUCCAAAUCGUGAUUACGAGAAAGAGACAAAAGAAAAGUGGAUAAAAGCAAUUAAUAGAAUCAUAGAAAAUAGAAAACCUUGGCGUCCUAGUGUUCAUAGUGUUGUUUGUAGUGCCCAUUUUAUUAAUAAUAAUAGGUCUCUUGAUCCCAGAAGCCCAUCGUAUAUACCUUCAAUAUUUCCUGAAGUAUACAAAAAAAAAAACCAUUAA